AUUUGUUCUUUCUCUCUCUCUCUUUCUUCUUCUCAUUUCUCUCUCAUCGUUUUCUCUUUCUUCUUGAAAUCCCUAGCCCCCUUUUUUUCUCCUCUUGUUAUAAAUACUCAACAACAAGAGGAGUUCUAACACAGGAAAAGCUAGAGAGAGAAAGUAGAGCGAGAAAAUACUGAAAACCCUCCCUCGCCAUUCUCGUUCUGCUCCAACACCUCUCGAUCUGCGCAAGGAAUCUGUCAAGGUGGUGUUGAUCUAUUUGGUUCUAGAUCUUUGAGGCGGGUUCUGUUUUCUUUUUAAGCUUUAUUGGGGACGCCGCCAUGUCUUCGCUCAGCAGAGAACUGGUCUUUCUUAUACUUCAGUUUCUUGAUGAAGAGAAAUUCAAGGAAACUGUGCACAAGCUGGAGCAAGAAUCAACAUUUUUCUUCAAUAUGAGGUAUUUCGAGGAUAUGGUGACAAAUGGGGAGUGGGAUGAGGUGGAAAAGUACUUGUCUGGUUUUACGAAGGUGGAUGACAAUAGAUACUCGAUGAAGAUCUUCUUCGAGAUAAGGAAGCAGAAGUAUCUAGAAGCAUUGGACAAGCAAGAUCGAGCUAAAGCAGUGGAUAUCUUAGUGAAGGACUUGAAAGUGUUUGCAGCAUUUAAUGAGGAGCUUUUUAAGGAAAUCACACAGUUGUUGACUUUGGAUAAUUUCAGACACAAUGAGCAGCUAUCUAAGUAUGGGGAUACAAAGUCUGCUAGAGGAAUAAUGCUUGCUGAACUAAAGAAAUUAAUAGAAGCUAACCCUGUUUUUCGCGAUAAGCUUCAGUUUCCUACCUUGAAGAACUCCAGAUUAAGGACUCUAAUUAAUCAGAGUUUAAAUUGGCAGCACCAACUUUGUAAGACUCCAAGAACUAACCCCGACAUAAAGACCCUUUUUGUAGAUCACAGUUGUGGGCAACAAAAUGGCGCACGGGCUCCAUCCCCUGUCACCAAUCCCUUAAUGGGUGCUGUACCAAAGGCAGGAGGUUUCCCACCACUUAGUGCUCAUGGUGUAAGCCCUGCUGGAUGGAUGGCUAACCCAUCUCCGGUUCCACAUCCUUCAGCAUCUGCUGGACCCAUAGGUUUGGCUUCAGCUAAUAAUGCAGCAGCCAUUCUAAAGCGCCCCAGGACUCCUCCUACCAAUAACCCUACUAUGGACUAUCAAACUGCCGAUUCCGAUCAUGUAAUGAAGAGAACAAGGCCUUUCGGCAUUUCAGAUGAAGUGAACAAUCUUCCUGUAAAUUUACUUCCUGUUGCAUACUCUAGUCAGAGCCAUGGUCAGAGCUCCUAUUCCUCUGAUGACUUGCCCAAGACUGUUGUGAUGACCCUCAGCCAAGGUUCAACUGUGAAAAGCAUGGAUUUUCAUCCUCUUCAGCAGAUUCUACUUCUUGUGGGAACAAAUAUGGGCGAUAUCAUGGUGUGGGAUAUUGGGAGCCGUGACAGGAUUGCUCAUAGAAAUUUUAAAGUAUGGGAACUUGGAUCAUGCUCCGUGGCACUACAGGCAUCUCUUUCCAAUGAUUACUCAGCAUCAGUUAACCGCGUGGUGUGGAGUCCUGAUGGAACACUUUGCAGUGUUGCUUAUUCGAAACAUAUUGUGCACAUAUAUUCCUAUCAUGGUGGGGAUGAUCUGAGGAACCACCUAGAGAUUGAAGCUCAUUCUGGGAGUGUCAAUGAUCUUGCUUUUUCUUAUCCAAACAAGCAGCUUUGUGUAGUAACAUGUGGAGAGGAUAGGGUCAUCAAGGUAUGGGAUGCAGUUACUGGUGGAAAGCAGUAUACUUUUGAGGGUCAUGAGGCACCUGUAUAUUCUGUAUGCCCUCACCACAAAGAAAAUAUUCAGUUCAUAUUCUCUACUGCAACUGAUGGAAAAAUAAAGGCAUGGUUGUAUGAUAACAUGGGUUCCAGAGUUGAUUAUGAUGCGCCUGGCCAUUCAUCUACUACAAUGGCAUAUAGCGCUGACGGAACAAGAUUGUUCUCAUGUGGCACAAACAAAGAAGGGGAAUCUUCUUUAGUGGAAUGGAAUGAAAGUGAGGGAGCUGUGAAGCGCACUUAUCACGGUCUGGGGAAGAGAUCUGUAGGUGUAGUGCAAUUCGAUACCACUAAGAAUCGAUUCCUAGCUGCUGGUGAUGAGUUUAUGAUCAAAUUCUGGGACAUGGAUAAUAUAAACUUGUUGACGAGUGCUGAUGCAGAUGGUGGCUUACCGGCUUCCCCCUGUAUUAGAUUUAACAAGGAUGGAAUAUUGUUGGCUGUCUCCACAACUGAUAAUGGAGUUAAAAUUUUAGCAAAUGCUGAAGGAAUUAGGCUGCUUCGGACAGUGGAGAAUCGUCCAUUUGAUGCUUCCAGAGUUGCUUCUGCCACUGUUGUUAAGGCACCUAGUAUGGGCGCUUUCCCUUCUACCAAUGUAACGGUUGGAACAAGCCUUGCUGAUAGAGCUCCUCCUGUAGCAGCCAUGGUUGGGAUUAAUAACGAUGCUCGAAGUUUAGCUGAUGUCAAACCCAGGAUUGCUGAUGAAGCUGUGGAUAAAUCUAGGAUAUGGAAGCUGACAGAAAUCAAUGAACCAUCACAGUGUCGCUCUUUGAAACUUCCUGAUAGUUUAGGGUCAAUGAGGGUAGCUAGGUUAAUUUAUACAAAUCAAGGGGUUGCUAUUUUGGCUUUGGCAGCCAAUGGUGUUCACAAGCUUUGGAAAUGGCAGAGAAAUGAUCGGAACAGCUCAGGGAAGGCCACUGCAAGUAUUCAACCACAACUAUGGCAACCAAAUAGUGGAAUACUGAUGACCAACGAUAUCAGUGAUACUAACCCUGAGGAUGCUGUGUCAUGCUUUGCACUGUCAAAGAAUGACUCGUAUGUUAUGUCAGCUUCAGGGGGGAAAAUUUCCCUGUUCAAUAUGAUGACUUUCAAGACAAUGACUACUUUCAUGCCACCACCACCGGCUGCUACAUUUCUUGCAUUUCAUCCUCAAGACAACAAUAUCAUUGCUAUUGGCAUGGACGAUUCUACAAUACAAAUUUACAAUGUUAGGGUUGAUGAGGUCAAAACCAAGCUGAAAGGUCAUCAGAAGAGGAUCACUGGACUUGCUUUUUCUCAUGUUCUAAAUGUGCUUGUAUCAUCUGGAGCUGACUCUCAGUUAUGCGUUUGGAGUACGGAUGGAUGGGAAAAGCAAGCAAGUAAAUUCCUGCAAAUGCCUAAUGGACGCGCACCAGCACCUCUAGCAGAUACCCGAGUCCAAUUCCAUCUAGACCAGACCCAUUUAAUAGCUGUUCACGAAACUCAAAUAGCCAUAUAUGAGGCACCGAAGUUAGAAUGCCUUAAGCAGUGGUUUCCGCGAGAAGCUAGUGGUCCAAUCACACACGCUACCUAUUCAUGUGAUAGUCAAUCAAUAUAUUUAAGCUUUGAGGAUGGAAGUGUUGGUGUUCUUACUGCCUCAACACUCAGAUUAAGAUGUAGAAUAAAUCCAACUGCUUAUCUCCUUCCCAACCCAAGCUUGAGAGCACAUCCUCUUGUGAUUGCUGCACACCCGUCAGAACCCAAUCAAUUUGCAUUAGGACUCAGUGAUGGUGGAGUACAUGUACUUGAACCGCUAGAGUCGGAAGGAAGAUGGGGUUCUCCACCUCCUACUGAGAAUGGUGCUGGGCCUAGCACUGCUUCAGGUAACACUAUUUCAGAGCAACCACAAAGGUGACAAAUGUAUUAUGAAGUACUUUCACCAAGGACUUGAGUGUAUGUAUUCAUUUCGGUUGCAUAUGAUCCCGCCCCCUGUUGCGUUUACUUGGCUUGCAAGGGGAAGCUGCGGAACUUAGGUGUUCAUAAUUUGUAGGAGGAUAAAUCAACAAUGAAUCAAAUUACUCACCUUGUUAAUGGCUCCUUAGCCAAUUUCUGCUCCAUGGGUCUAUCAGAGCAUGUUCAUUCGUCCAGGAUUAUUACCCAUUAAGUUUAUGGUCUAAUUCGGCUGGGGCGUUGCCGAUGGAU